CAGUCCGGUUCAGUUGUUCAGUGCGGCGAAGUUGGCCGAUAAGCGUGCGCGCGUCCCCGGCGAGCCUGUCCACUGUCCAGAACGUUCCGACCCGACGGGAGCGCGUGAAAUCGUUCGCGCGUGAAGUUCACGUCUCGCGUCGUAUCCUGCGGCUUAUCAAGAUUCUGCGGCACACGCUCGGCGCGAUCAGGAGGAUGACGACGGCGGUCGACAAGGAGGAGGUGCGGAAGCGCCUGACGCCGCUGCAGUGGCAUGUGACGCAGGAGAAGGGCACCGAGAGGCCGUUUACCGGUUGCUACAACAAGUUCUACGAGAAGGGAACGUACACCUGCAUCGUCUGCGAUCAGGAAUUGUUCUCCUCGGACACCAAGUACGACAGCGGUUGCGGCUGGCCUGCGUUCAACGAGGUUCUGGAUCAGGGACGCAUCAAACUGACCAAAGACACCUCUAGUGUCGGUGGCAAUCUACUACUGCUGAUCGCAAACCCAGAUAUGGUGCGGACCGAAGUGACCUGUUCGAAGUGCGACGCGCACCUGGGGCACGUAUUCAACGACGGGCCGAAGCCUAAGAGGAAGCGCUUCUGCAUCAAUUCUGCCUCCAUAAGCUUCCAUGCGGCGGGGGAGGAGAAGAAGUCUACGUAAAACCAGCUCGCGCGCGCUUAUUACAUUCUAAAUACCUAAUAUUUAUAUAACGAGACUCACGAAGGAGGAAUUACUUUGGCCAAAAUUACUAGGCACCCUAUUAAAAUAACCCUAUUAUUUAUUUUUGAAAGAAAUAAAAAAUAAACGUAUACACACGUUCAUAAUAAUAAACACUCUAGUAAACAACUUUUAAACAAUAGAAGCCUUUGUCGGUAUUAGAUUCAGUACAGCAUAAUGAUUACAAGGGUGCCUAAUAAUUUUGACCAAAACUAUAUCUCGUGCUAUAAAUAUUAAAAUACCUCUGAUUUCUUUAUACGUUAUAAAGAGAUAUAAAGUAAUAAUUAUCGUCAAGAUAUCAAAUAGGCUGUAAAGUGAGUUCGUUACUAUUAUAGGGAAUAUUUAAUGUGUUUUAUCACUUCUGACGAUGUGCUAUCAACAAACGUUUUUACAUUAUUUACUACAUUCGAUUGGAUGAUAAUGCUAAUUGUAUGUGAUUUUCAUAAUAUAUUCACGAAUGCUCCUUUCUACCUUAAAGCUUCUACGCAAGUUAAAGAAAUCUAUUGUUGAUGUGAAUACAAAGCGUUUCCGACCGACUUUUCACUUGCGACGAGAAGCCAACUCCAUGCUAUCAGUGCUCUUGAAUCUUAUUGUGUACUAUUUUCGAUAUUACAAAUGUACAGGUACAUAUCCGUAUCAACGGACAAAGGUGUAACACCCACAUAGGAUGUACGUAUGCCACAUGGUGUGAGAAAGCGCGAUACUCGACAGAUGAUAGAAAUGUCUAACUAAGAGAUAUUAUUUUUUCAACAAACGCCAUAAUGUGUAAAUACCACCUAUUCUAACUUAAAUUAUAUUAAAUGAGGAAUAAAAUGUGCAAUGGUAGUCAUCAUUUCUCAUUCCUCUUAAUGUUAAGCAGGGAAGGAUAUUUUGUAUGAAAAGAGAGAACCAUGUUUGUUAUAAAAUGUUUCCUUAUAUUGUAACGUUUCAAAACAAACUGAAAGGUGUUAUAAUACAAUAUAUACGCAAAA